GAGCACUUGAGCACGCCAACGAAACCAAACUUACUCGAGACAGGAACCAUAAGAUUUCCCGACCCAGCAGGAACCGAAACUGUCGCCGGGGCCGGCUGGCAUCCGACCCGACCCCCCCGAGCCGCUCUUUCGACGGCGCAGCAACACAAAUCGCCUCCGGCUCCGUCCGUCCGUCCCACAAACGCCCACGCGCACUCGCUCACGCACCGCCCCGAUCCCAUCGAACGAAGAGCGCCGCCGCCGCCGCCAUGGACUCGUCGGCGGCGCUGGACAUGCUGGCGGCGCUGCUGACGGGCCGGGAGGGCGCGUCGCUCCUCGCGCUGGCCGAGGACAACCGCCGCAUCCUCGCCCUGCUCACCACCUCGCUCGCCGUGCUCGUCGGCUGCGGCGUCGCCCUCUUCCUCCGCCGCUCCUCCUCCGCGGCCGGACCGCAGCCGGCGACGGCGUCGCGGCCCCUCGCCGCCAAGGCGCGGGAGAAGGAGCCCGACCCGGACGACGGCCGCCUGAGGGUCGCCGUCUUCUUCGGCACGCAGACCGGCACCGCCGAGGGCUUCGCCAAGGCGCUCGCGGAAGAGGCCAAGGCGAGGUACGACAAAGCCGUCUUCAAGGUGGUCGAUCUGGAUGAUUACGCGGCAGAGGACGAUGACUACGCGGAGAAGCUUAAGAAGGAGAUCAUCGCAUUGUUCUUCCUGGCCACGUAUGGGGACGGUGAGCCAACUGACAAUGCGGCGAGGUUUUAUAAAUGGUUCUCAGAGGGGAAUGAGAGGGGUGAAUGGUUGAGCAAUCUCCGGUUUGCGGUGUUUGGCCUUGGAAAUAGGCAGUAUGAGCAUUUUAACAAGAUUGGAAAGGUUGUUGAUCAGCUCCUCAGUGAACAAGGUGGCAAACGCAUUGUUCCUGUUGGUCUGGGAGAUGAUGAUCAAUGCAUUGAGGAUGACUUCAACGCCUGGAAGGAAUUGCUAUGGUCAGAAUUGGAUAAAUUGCUCCGUGUUGAGGAUGAUUCUUCAGUACCACCAACUCCUUACACAGCUGCUAUUCCGGGAUAUAGAACUGUGUUCGUCAAACCAGAGGAUGCCGCAGAUAUCAACAAGUCUUCCAGUCUUAGCAACGGCCAAGCUGUCUAUGACAUUCAACAUCCGUGCAGGGCACACGUGGCAGUGCGACGGGAGCUUCAUACGCCAGCUUCUGACCGGUCCUGCAUUCAUUUAGAGUUUGAUAUUGCAGGAACUAGCCUCACAUAUGAGACUGGAGAUCAUGUUGGCGUGUAUGCAGAAAAUAACAUCGAGACCGUAAAGGAGGCAGAAAAGCUGUUAGGUUAUUCAGCAGAUACAGUUUUCGCAAUUUAUGCUGACGAAGAGGAUGGCACUCCACUUUUUGGGGGAUCUCUUCCACCUCCUUUCCCAUCUCCUUGUACAGUGAGGGUUGCCCUUGCUAGAUACGCCGAUCUUUUGAAUUCACCUAAGAAGAGUGUUUUAAUAGCUUUGGCUGCUCAUGCAUCUGAUCCCAAAGAAGCUGAGCGUCUAAGACAUUUAGCAUCUCCUGCUGGAAAGAAGGAAUAUUCUCAAUGGAUAAUCUCAAGUCAAAGAAGUCUCUUGGAAGUUAUUUCUGAGUUCCCAUCAGUGAAACCUCCGCUCGGUGUCUUCUUUGCAGCUAUUGCUCCUCGCCUGCAGCCGAGAUACUACUCAAUAUCUUCCUCACCCCGAAUGGCACCAACAAGAAUUCAUGUCACGUGUGCACUAGUUUGUGGGCCAACGCCUACUGGAAGGAUCCACAAAGGAGUUUGUUCUACUUGGAUGAAGAAUUCAACUCCCUUGGAAGAGAGUGAAGAAUGUAGUUGGGCUCCAAUUUUUGUGAGGCAGUCAAACUUCAAACUGCCUGCUGAUCCUACAGUACCUAUUAUCAUGAUAGGUCCUGGGACUGGUCUUGCACCUUUCAGGGGCUUCUUACAGGAAAGAUUAGCUUUAAAAGAGAUCGGGGUGGAAUUAGGCCGUGCGAUCCUCUUCUUUGGGUGCAGAAACCGCAAGAUGGACUUCAUAUAUGAGGAUGAGCUCAACAAUUUUGCUGAUGCUGGUGCUCUGUCUGAGUUGAUUGUUGCUUUCUCUCGUGACGGUCCCACAAAAGAGUAUGUUCAACACAAAAUGGCAGCGAAGGCUCCUGAGCUUUGGAGCAUCAUUUCUCAGGGGGGUUAUAUUUAUGUCUGUGGCGACGCGAAGGGCAUGGCUAGAGAUGUGCAUCGUGUACUACACACAAUUGUCCAGGGACAGGGCUCUUUGGACAACUCGAAGACGGAGAGCUACAUGAAGAACCUGCAGAUGGAGGGGAGAUACUUAAGAGAUGUCUGGUGACAAGUGCCAUCCUCCUGUCUCUGCCCGGAUUGAAGGUCGCUCCCUAGGAAUUUAGCUAAACGAUUAAACACUGGAAUCAUGCAUCCGAUCCCUGAUUUUAGAAUAUGUUUGGCAGGAAAAAUAUACAUGAGAGUAGGAUCUUCAGUUUUAUCUGAAGCAUAUAUAUAUAUAUAGUCGGGUUGAUUGUUCAUGUACAGACAGGAACACCGCAGCUGGCUAGCUAUUGUUUGUGGAAGGACUCAUCAUUGAUUGUUGCGAUCUCUGGAAAUAAAAUGGGCAUUUGCAUGAAAACUAAUUAAUCA